AUGCCCAGCCUACCUGAUGUCCUCCACCUUAUUCCCCCAUAUAUACGCGACAUCGAAGACUACCUGGCGCUGAGUGUCACUGGCCGCGAAGUCCGGUCACUCGUACAAGAAUAUAGCUCGCCCAGCACCCUCCUCGUUCUCUGCUACCACUCCCGCCGGACCUUCUUUCGCCCAGACCCACUCUUUCUGCUCACUCCUCUCGCACCACCCCUUUCCAUAUGGGCUCGUAGGUCCACAGAGAAUCUACGACGUCUCGUCCACGCCUUCUACUACGGCGAAGAAGCGGUGCUGGAUCUCGGCAUCUCGGUCCCCGCCGUGGCUAUCGAGGCAGAAUGGAGCAUGGCCAGAGUGUGUCAACUCUGGGAAUGGCGUAUGAGGGUUGUCACUCCGUUGACGGACCUCAUCGAUCGGUGUGUUGGACAGCAGUGGUAUGCCCAGGCAGACUUCUGGGAUGGAGGCGUGGAGGAUGCGGCGACGCUAUAUGCUGAGCCGGCGGAGGUGGUGUUCAGGAUGCUCAUCUACGGUGAGCUAUUCAAAGAUGGAUGGCAUGAGUGGAUAGAGGGUACUGACAGGAGUCAGCCCGUGCCCCCUUUUGCCGCCCUUUCCACCCGCUUGGAAUACGUCAAAUACCUCCUUCCCGAUUGGCGAUCCUAUCCGACCGCCCACGACGGUACCCCUGGAAUCCGUCGAGGAAUGGAUAUCACCUGUGACCGUCCAUAUCACCCUGGCGAGAUCGUCACUCUGCCUCAGCGUCUCACUCAUCCCAUCACCGGCCACGUCCGUACGAUCCACCCAUUUCGAGCUAUACAGGAUGGCUCGACCCCCUAUAGGGAUGCCAUGCGGGAAUACGAGCAUCAGACGGUUCUUCGGCAUCUCCUCGGUGCGAGCACACUCUGGGGACAGGUCACUACUGCCGUCCGCAACAUGUGCGGCGGGGAUUUUGACACACCUGUCCACAAGUUGAGGGCGGUGGGGGGCGACGUGGACUGGAAGCAGGGCUUGUGGGAGAACGCGCUGUAUCUCCUGGGGUAUGAGGGAAUGGAGAUGGUGAUCCAGGUGUGGAACGGGAUGAGGGGAAGUGUAGGGGAAAACGGGGAAAAUGGGGAAUAUGGUGGGGUGGACCAGCGGGGACCCGGAUGGGACAAAAUGCGACGAUACCGCAGUCUCAUUGCAGCCAUGACAGAAGAGCCUGAGAAGGUUCAGAUAGGGAAGAAGUGGACAUACGAGAUCCCUCAUCUGUAUAACGAUCUCGGCGUGGCGAUGUGGGACAACUAG